CCCCCCCUCCCCCCCCCCCCCCCACCACACGACCAUGAACAGAAGGAAGAGGUGGAGAGGUGAAGGCAGUCUGCAGAACGAUAUUGGUGGGUCAAACAAACCAAGGAGACCCCAGAAAGCGCCGCGGUGGGAAGCGGCGGGAAGAGGUGAAGACGACGACAAGAAGGCUCAGCUGCCAAACACCGCUUCCACCUCCGGCAGAGACAGUGCAGUUUUGAUUGUUAGCGACCUUCCCGCGGGAUGCACUGUUCUCGAGCUGAAAACUCGGUUCGAGAUGUUCGGAAGUGUCUCAAGAGUAAAGAUCGAGCAGAAUCUUGGGUUUGGUUAUAUAACUUUCCGGUUGCGUGACUCGGCGGAGCUGGCGAUCAUGACUUCCAGAAACCCACUUUACCCAAUCUCGAUAGGGAACAAACAAGUGCAUGUUUCUUGGGCAAACGAUCCUCUUCCUCAGUGGAGGGCGGGAGUUGGUUUAUCCAUGCAAAAAGAUGGAUCAACAUCCAAGCUGUUGCGGGCAGAAGUGCCUCUCAGCAGACACGGUAAAACCAGCAGAAGGCUUGGAGAUGAUAAACUCACCUCUCGGAAGGAUCCAAAUUCCAUUCACAAAGGCCGAGAAAUCAUUGCGUAUGAUGAUCUUCUCUAAUAUUAGUCGGAGUUACAAGUAUUCCACAAUUAAAUUUGUAGAAUUUAUUAUUAAGAACAACUUGUUUGAAAUGACCUUGCUUCUAUUUAUUUACAUUAUUGCUUUGUUUUGCUA